GGAGUUGCGUGGCAAAGUUCGUAAAUGGAGGCGAAGCGGCAAUUUUUAGGAGACCGAGCUGUCUUCUUUACUUCUACAAACACCAACUUCUCCCAACUCAGUCUUCAUUUUCAGUGGCUCAUUUUCCUUUCACUCAUCCUUUUCCCACCUAACUUCCUCUUCUUCCUCUUCUUCUUCGAUCAAUCUUCCAAUUAAAGUCUCUUUUCUCCAAUUCUACCAUCGGAAUGGGACUCUUCAGCACCGUCUUCGGAUUUCUCGGCUUCGGAAUCGGUUUUCCUCUCGGACUAUUGGCCGGAUUCUUCAUCUUCGUCUACUCCGUCCCUAAGCAUGUCAAGUCCUCUCAACUGCAGGAACCAGAUACGAGGCCUCUCUUUGAGUUGGACACAACUGCUUUGCAAGAAUUAAUGCCUGAAAUUCCACUUUGGGUGAAAAGCCCUGAUUAUGAUCGAGUGGAUUGGUUAAACAAGUUUUUGUCGGACAUGUGGCCUUACCUUGAUACGGCGAUUUGUGGUAGUAUAAGAGCCAUUGCCAAACCUAUAUUUUCAGAAUACAUAGGGAAGUUUCAAAUUGAAGCAAUCGAGCUUGAUCAGCUAAGCCUUGGAACUCUUCCACCAAAAUUGCAUGGUCUAAAAGUGUAUGAAACAAAUGAGAAUGAACUAGUGAUCGAACCAGCAAUCAGAUGGGCUGGCAAUCCUAACAUAGUAAUAGUGGUGCAUAUCUUGUCUCUCCGGAUCACAAUUCAGAUAGUGGAUCUUCAAUUAUUUGCAACGCCACGGUUGGCUUUGAAGCCUCUUGUGCCUACUUUUCCUUGUUUUGCCAAUAUUAUAGCAUCCUUAAUGGAGAAACCACAAAUAGACUUCGGAUUGAAGAUAAUGGGAGGAGACAUUAUGUCUAUACCUGGCCUUUAUCGAUUUAUUCAGGAGACGAUAAAGAAACAAGUUGCAAACCUCUACCUCUGGCCUCGGAUUCUGGAAAUUCCCAUUCUUGAUCCUUCAAUAUCGGCCACAAGAAAGCCUGUGGGCAUAUUGCAUGUGAAUGUUGUACGAGCAUCAAAACUCUUGAAAAUGGAUAUCUUGGGAACAUCUGAUCCAUACGUCAAACUUAGCCUCAGUGGUGGGGGUCUACCAGCAAAGAAAACGAGUAUCAAAAUGAGGAACUUGAAUCCUGUGUGGAAUGAGAAGUUCAAGCUUAUCGUGAAUGAUCCCAAGUCGCAAGUUCUUCAACUGCAAGUCUAUGACUGGGACAAGGUUGGUGGACAUGAUAGAUUGGGAAUGCAAUUAGUUCCUUUAAAGCUGCUAACGCCCUACGAGGCCAAGGAACUGGAGCUUGAUUUGGUAAAGAACACGGAUAUGAACGAUCCCCAAAACAAGAAGCCUAGAGGGAAACUUACGGUGGGGCUUCUGUUUACUCCUUUAAGAGAAGAAAGCAUGAAAUAUCUUGAAAACUCAAUCAGCGACGUGAAGAACGAAGGCAAAAGUACCGGUGAGCCGGAGAAUCAGAUAUUGGACGAAGCGGGUGUGUUAUCUGUGACGGUCCAAGGAGCUCGUGAUGUUGAGGGAGAGAAGCACACUAAUCCUUAUGCAGUUAUACAUUUCAGAGGAGAGAAGAAGAAAACCAAGAUGAUGAAGAAAACUCGUGACCCAUUGUGGAAUGAAGAAUUCCCAUUUAUGUUAGAGGAGCCUCCAAUUCGAGAGAAGAUCCAUAUUGAAGUUAUGAGCAAACGAACCGUCUUCAGUUUUCUGCAAAAGGAAUCGUUGGGACACGUGGAAAUAAACCUGGCCGAUGUUGUGAGCAAUGGGAGGAUAAACGAGAAGUACAACCUGAUCAACUCGAGGAACGGAAAGAUUCAUGUACAAAUGAUGUGGACAACAGCUUAAAAAUCGGCACUUAAAACAAUUUUGUAUGUACAAAGUAUGAUUGAUUUCUAGCUGUGUUU